AUUCGUGACAUCGAAUAUGUACAUUGAGCAGUUUUCGUCGGCGAACGGACUAGAGCCGGGAGAAGAGAGACGACCAAGGUUGUCUGUCAACAAUUUACUCGCGCAUUUAUCGUCAGAGUGGGGGAAUUCCGCUAUAAGAAGAUAAAUCACAGUAGAACGACUCAGUUUACGGUUAGAGUACCGUGUACGCAGAAUAUCAGUCACGAGUUCAUUCUUCCGUGUCUUGCUCUUCGAAAAGUAUCAUUUACGGCGUUACGAAUUUUUCACCCAAAAAGAGGUACGCUACGAGAGGAUAACAUGUCGGUCAACUUCAGAAGCGUCUUGAUAAGUGAUCCCGUGGACAAAUCUUGUGGCGCACUAUUAACGGAACACGGCAUUCCGGUUACCACGAAACAUAAGCUAUCGCAAGAUGAACUAAUCAAUGAGCUACAGAAUCACGAUGCCCUUAUCGUUCGAUCUGAGACCAAAGUUACGGCGGAUGUUUUUGCCGCUUGUCCAAAUCUCCGCGUAGUCGGACGAGCUGGUACCGGCGUCGACAACAUAGAUCUUCAAGCUGCCACACGUAAAGGAGUAAUUGUGUUAAACACCCCGGGCGGCAACAGUAUCAGCGCUUGCGAGCUAACGUGCGCUCUGAUCUCUUCGCUCGCACGUAAUGUCGCGCAGGCUGUGCAAUCACUGAAGGAGGGCCGAUGGGAUCGGAAACUCUAUUCGGGAUACGAAUUAUUCGGAAAGACUCUCGCGAUUCUCGGAAUGGGCCGCAUAGGCCGCGAGGUAGCCUACAGAAUGCAGAGUUUUGGCAUGAACAUUGUCGCGUUCGAUCCAAUUGUGAAGCCCGAGGUUGCCGCAGAGCUUGGUAUCAGGUUGCUCGACUUGGAGGAGAUAUGGCCCGUCGCUGACUAUAUCACCGUUCACACGCCUCUAAUACCUCAAACAAGAAAUUUGAUCAAUGCGACAACCUUGGCGAAAUGCAAGAAAGGAGUGUACGUCGUUAAUGUCGCACGUGGUGGCAUCGUUGAUGAAGAGGCUCUCUUGAAUUCAUUAAAGCUCGGCCAUUGUGGCGGAGCAGCUUUAGACGUCUUCGUGGAGGAGCCACCGAAGAAUCCGAUCACCUUAGAACUCAUUAAACAUCCAAAAGUCGUGCCGACACCUCACCUUGGUGCCAGUACAGCCGAGGCUCAGCAACGAGUGGCGGUGGAGAUUGCUCAACAAUUCCUGGGUUUGUCCGGAAAAUCGGCGGAAUAUGCCGUCACCGGUAUCGUAAACGCUCCGGUCUUAUCUGCCGCCAUGAUGAACGAGAAUGAACCUUGGAUCGAAUUGUCCAAGAAAUUGGGUCAAUUGGCCGCUCGCUUCCUCAAAGGCAAACUAAACACGAUCGUUCACAGCCAGACUGUAGGGAGUGGUAUGCAAGACAAACAAUUUAUACACAAAGCCGUUCUGGUCGGUAUAUUGACCGGUCAAACGAAGAAUGGCCUAAAUCUGAUUAACGCGCCUACUCUGGCGCAAGAUGUCGGCAUAAGGUUGCAAGAGAACCACGUCGAGGACGACAACAAAGCGGUUAUUGUGAAAGUUGGGGAACAUAUCAUCAAAGGGACUGUGCGUGACAAUCAAUUGCUGCUGCUUGCUCUAGACGAUGCUGUUUUCGCGAACGGUAUCGCAUUCAGCGAUUAUAUUUGCUUAUAUCGCGCUAACAGAGUGCAAGAUCUCGCCAAUAUCGUAAAUGUUUUAUCGUCAAAGAGCAUCAACAUCCACAAUUUGAAUGCCAACGGCAGUUGGGUAAUCAUUCAAACCGAUCGGGAGAUCUCGAUACAAGUAGACGAUAUCGAAAGCUUUUGAACCGGGAGCUUCCAAGAAAAGUAUAUCAACGAUAAGCGGUCUCCUUGAGAAAAGAGAGGAAUGUGAUUAAAGCGCGAAUUUUGAAGAAUCUAGUAUUGUCCGAUUGCUAUAAAUGCGUGAAAAGUUUUUAUAGAAUUCUAGAAAAAAAUAUGCAAUCUUUUAAUUAUAUAGAAAUAUCGUGGAGAAUCAUUAUUUAUUAUCUGAUCAGAACAGAUGAUUAGGAAAAGUAAGAUAAUGAGAAAGAGAGGUAAGAAACAAUAUUGAUAAUAUAUAUAUAUUACGAUAAGGAUUAUCUUAGCAUUAGGAAAAAAGAUUAUAAAGUAAACAAAAUAUUUUCAUUACACAAUAAUAGAUGAAAUGUUUUCAUUACGCACGACGCAACGUAUUAAGUAAGUCGCACUUUUAUAUACGCAUGCAUGUAGAAAUGUAAAAAAAGAAAGUAUAAAACACGUGUCUGUAUAAAUAUUUAUAAUUUUUUAAUAGGGAAUUUUUAUUAAUAAAACAUCACAUUGUAUUAAAUCU